ACUUCUGAGCCUCAGCCAGCCAAAACUUGCAGCUUUUUGAUGACGUCAGCCCCCCCCCUCUGUUUGCUGUUGAAAAAAGAGAGAAAAGAGCAGGCAUCAAGAAAGAAGAAGAGGAGGGGCAGCUCCUGAGCGAAUGGAGAGGCAGGGAGCUUUUGGGGGAGGCGGAGGGAGGCUGACAGCGCUGUGGGCUCGGACUGGCACACACACAGGAAGAGAAGAGGAGAGGGAAUAUUGCCGUGCAUUGUUUAGACUUCUGUCGCAGACUGUUUCUUAUCUGGUGCAAAAGUUCUCACGCAGUUUGUCCUUCGCCUUUCUGGGUGUUUCUGUGCUGACAUGAGGGACUCUGUGGACGGGGCAGCGGGCGCUCCGCUGGAACACUUCUGUAACUAGCUGAUCUCUCUCUCCUCAGCAGCUCCUGCAGGAUGCUGCCUUUAACCUGCACCUGUGGAGGGUAGUUGUUGGGGCACGAGAACAGGGCACGUUUGGAUCUUUGUGAAAUGAAAGUGAAGAAUUUGUGCAGUUUGGUGAAGCCAAACUUUUGAGAGCCGCCAUGCUGAGCCUGCAGGAUUCGGUCUUCUUUGAGAUCAGCAUCAAAUCUCUGCUCAAAUCUUGGAGUAGCAGCUCCUCUGCGCCCGUCAGCAGCAGCGUGAGUAGACGGCGUGCCCCCCCCUCGGCGACUCCGCUCCUGUGGGAGAAACACAGCAUUGCUGCCAUGUCGAGCAUCACCAUCGACCCCGAGCUGAAGCCGGGGGAGUUCGUCAUCAAGAGUCUGUUCGCUGAGUUUGCCGUGUUGGCCGAGAAGAAGAUCGAGAUGGUGAUGGCCGAACCGCUGGAGAAGCCUCUGUCCAGGUCCCUGCAGAGAGGGGAAGAUGCACAAUUUGACCAGUUAAUAAGCUCUAUGAGCUCCAUAGCAGAACACUGUUUGCCCUCGCUGCUGCGCACACUGUUCGACUGGUACCGGCGGCAGAGCGGCACCGAGGACGAGUCCUACGAGUACAGACCUCGAUCCAGCACCAAGUCCAAAGGAGACGAGCUGCACCGCGACAAAGAUUUCCUCCUGGAGCGAAGAGACUUAGCCAUAGACUUCAUUUUCUGUUUAGUUUCUGUGGAAGUUCUUAAACAGAUUCCUCUUCAUCCAGUGCCAGAUGUUCUCUUACACGAAGUUCUUAACCUGGCCUUCAAGCACUUUAAACACAAAGAGGGGUGAGUGGGCGCCACACAGCGUGCGGAUGGACAGACUGAAACCUUAUUGAUUCAUUGUGUCAGCACAACUGCAUCUGUCAUGAGCCUUAAAGUGGCAAAAGACGCAUGGUUUACUCCUCAUUAUGAAGUAAAUGCAGAUUGCACCGUGUA